CUAGUUCAAAGGAGAGAAAGAUGGAGGCGCUGCUGAAGCGCGAGCUGCCCAGCUCCACAGUCAAAGCCACGGGCCACUCGGCGGGCGGGUGCAUUAGCAAGGGCCAGAGUUACGACACCGACAUUGGCCGGGUAUUUGUGAAAGUGAACCACAAGCCAGAGGCCAAAAAAAUGUUUGAAGGUGAAAUGGCAAGUUUAUUUGCUAUCCUGCAAACAAACACAGUGAAAGUACCCAAACCUAUGAAAGUGAUAGAUGUGCCAGGGGGUGGGAAUCUACUAGUGAUGGAGCAUUUGGACAUGAGAUAUUUAAACAGUCAUGCUGCAAAGCUUGGAUCGCAGUUAGCCAAUCUGCACCUUCAUAACAAGAAGCUUGGUGAGACUCUCAGGAAGGAAGAAACAACUGUUGGGAAAGGAGGAGGGCAGGCAGAACUUCAGUUUGUGGACCAAUUUGGGUUUCAUGUGGUGACCUGCUGUGGAUACCUCCCUCAGGUGAAUGAUUGGCAGAACGACUGGGUAACAUUCUAUGCUAGGCAGCGUAUUCAACCCCAGAUAGACUUGGUGGAGAAGGAGUCUGGGGAUAGAGAAGCAAGAGAACUUUGGUCUCAGCUGCAGCUGAAGAUACCUAGCAUGUUCCAAGACCUGGAAAUUGUACCUGCCUUACUCCAUGGAGAUCUUUGGGGAGGAAAUGUUGCAGAGGAUAUGUCUGGGCCAAUUAUUUUUGAUCCAGCUUCCUUUUAUGGCCACUCAGAGUUUGAGCUUGCCAUAGCUGGAAUGUUUGGGGGCUUUGGCAGCUCUUUUUACUCAGCUUACCACAGCAAAAUCCCUAAAGCCCCAGGGUUUGAGAGGCGACUUCAGCUUUAUCAGCUUUUUCAUUAUUUGAAUCAUUGGAAUCAUUUUGGAUCAGGAUAUAGAGGAUCUUCCCUGAAUGUAAUGAGGAGCCUCAUAAAAUGAAUGCUCUCUCUUUUAGUGUUCUGACCUCAGCCCAUUUUGGUGAUUCAGACGUAGUAUUAUUUCUCUAAGGAGGUAUGUAACAUUAUAGUCAAACAUCUAGAGUCUAGGAUUUCUUUUGUUCUGUCUUCUCUUCCCUUGAGCAUCACCAUAUCCCCAAAGGGACUGGGUUUUGUUUUUUGAUUUUAACUUUUUCCUGUAAUUAGAGUAGCUCAGUAUUGAGCUUCUUAAUCCAGAACCCACAAACACAUACAGUAGCAUAUUUACAAGCCAUGAAAAAUACCUCACAGCUUAGAGAAAAAUUUAUUUUAAAGUUGAAUAUUUUGCUAGAUGCUAGAUUAAGCUAUGCUACAGGAUAAAGAAACUGUGAAGUAAUAGAUGGCAGCAUUUAGCCAUCAUGUUACCAAGAGAGAAAAGGAAAAGAUAGUAAUCACGUUUAUUUGAAGUAUGAAUAAGAAAGUUUGAUAAUAAAUAGAUGCCCUUAUUUCUUUCUUGAUUACUUAAACACAUUCCUUUCAGCUUUUGUAGUUCUUAGAUGAACGCUCCUUGUAGUUUGAAGUAGGUUUUACUAACCUUGGCUAGCUAUCUUCCUAUUACAGAACACAAGAAGUGGUUAGUUCCACUUUUUAAUUGGUAUGGCCUAAAUCUAGAAAUGAACAUCUUUAAUUAGAAGCUUCAUAACAUUCAGAAUCACUGAAUCUAAUAAGAAGAGGUACAGCAGCCUCUUGUGUUUUCUAAUAAUAGUGUUCUGUUUUUUCCCCUGGAAAGAUCUAGAAUCUCUUUACUGAUCCAAGAACUAUUUUUCAAAUAUUAGAAAUCAAGUGUUUCCAUUUUGAUGGCAGAAAUGUAAAUUCAUGAACCAAGGAGCAUAAAGGAGAUGGAACUGUUUCUCAGGCUACUUACAGAUCUGAAGUUAUUUCAGAGUACUUUUGAAAGAAUAUGUUAAUUUGUACUCUGUUGCCCUAAGAUUUGCAGAUCAGAAACGUUAUCAUAGUGGAAUUACUGAGUUGGGUCUAGAUUUUACCAUGCAAAGGGGGUUUCCAGAUUACCUAGACAUGUUUCUUUUUUUCAGUUGCUUCCUUUGCUGUAUCCUAAAAUGAACUUUUAAAUGCUUUAACAUAGUCCUGGCUAAGUGAAGUAAUUUAUUUGCUUUUUUAUUUGUUCCAUCUUGUCCUCCCAUUUUCCUAAGCCUGGUCAGUUAUCUUAUUUUCAUAGAGUUUUGAAACAAAUUUAAACUUCCUUCCUUUACUUAGUAUUUCAGUGAUGUGGUAAAUUUAAUGAAUGGUGUUGAUGCUUAUCACCCUUUUGCCAUGAGAAUUUGAAUGGUCUUUCAACUGUUUUCAGUGAGUGAUAUCUGACAAUGUAUUUACUUUUGCUAUUUGUCUUAUGAUUUGGCUAAAUAACAGCUGUAACGUUCUUGUACAACAAUAAAAUAGACAAAGGUUGUUUCUUAAAA